AUGUUGAGUGUGACUGGUGUUCCUGGUGGUAGUAAUGGUGCCCUAUCUGAGUAUAUUAGUGGUGAUCAUAAUAUUCCUUCAAACAAUACUUCCUGCACUGGGGGGAUUUCAUCAACAGAUUCAAAUUUAACAUUUUCAUUACAAUAUAAAUUUAAUGGAACAAAUAAUCCAUAUCAUAAUACUUUUCCUGCUGGGAAUGGAUGUGGACCACAAAAUAUGAUACCAUCAUAUAAUAUUGCUAUUUUACCAACAACAAGUGGUAAUGGAUGGUCUUCUUCAUCAGCUACAAAUACAACAAUAUCCUCUGACUCCUCAAAUUCUUCUCCUGCAACAUCACCAUUAACAAAUUCUUCUAUUUAUUAUCCUAAUACUGUACCAUUAUCACAAUCAUAUUAUAGUUGUGGACAAUCAUUUACAAAUAUGCAAAAUUCAUACUAUACAACACCAUCAACAACCAUUCCAUCAUAUCCAACAUUUUCAUUUCCAGGAAAUGGUAUACCACCUCAUGGAAUACCAAAAAUUAUAAAUGAAAAAUAUUGUUGUCAAUGGUUAAUGUCACCAAAUAAAGAAUGUGGAAUAAUAUUUUAUAAUUUAAGAGAAAUUGUUGAUCAUUUAUCUCAUGAUCAUUUAGGUAGUCAAGAUUUUGUUGAGUAUGUCUGUCAAUGGAAAGAUUGUACAAGACAUGGAAAAGCUUUUAAAGCAAAAUAUAAACUUGUUAAUCAUUUACGUGUUCAUACAGGUGAAAGACCAUUUGAAUGUGAAUAUUGUAAAAAAUUAUUUGCCAGAAGUGAAAAUUUAAAAAUUCAUAAAAGAAUACAUUCGGGAGAAAAACCUUUUAAAUGUAAUCAUCCUGGAUGUGAUAGAACAUUUGCUAAUAGUUCUGAUAGAAAAAAACAUAUGCAUGUUCAUACAAAUUCUAAACCAUAUUUUUGUAGAUAUGGAGGUUGUGAUAAAAGUUAUACACAUCCAAGUUCUUUAAGAAAACAUAUGAAAGCUCACGAGAAAGGAUCAAUUUUUGGAAACAGUAAUUCACCAUUAUCUACUAAUAAAGAAUUAGAUGAUAGUAGUGAUUCAGGUCACGUCUCAGCUACAUCACCUCAAACAGCAGAAAAUAGUUUUAAUGGAAAUCAUUUAAAAAAAGAUUCAAUUAAUAGUGAUAUGUUAAAUUAUAAUCAACAAACAGAUCAAAGAAAUUUACAAUUUGUUCAUCAACAACAAUAUACAAAUUUAAAUAAUCAAAAUUUUGGUAAUACAAUUUUAUCAAAUAAUCUUGAAAAUACUUUUCCUAAUCAUAAUCAAUCUUUACCUCAUCAUUUUGUUCCACCAAACUUUGCUGUACCAGAUAUUUACAAUUAUUCUAUUAAACAAGAAUUUUUUUAA